CGACCGGAUCGCGCGUAGUUAAUCGAGCCGUGAGAUUCGGACGAUACGACAAUGGCGCACUGGUUUCAUCGAAAUGUCCUGAAAGCGACGACGAAUCAGAAGUUUGAAUUAAAAGUCGCGAGUCCUACUGACGCCACCAGGAAACUUUGCAGUGAUUUGAAACUGUCCAGGGCCAGGCUUUUGGAUCUAGUUAGAAAUGCAAAUAAUACAAGUGACACAAUAGAACCUGCAUUUCACAGCUAUCUGAGUCUGUUGUAUGGAUUUUUGUGGGAAGUUAAUCCAUCUGAGGAACAUGUUGGCAGACCCAAUCCCAGCAAACUCAGAAAUGUCCUUGUAUUCAAGUGGACCCAUACAUUGCUUGGUGGAAGCACAUUCUCCAGUGCUGAUUCUGUCUAUGAAGCAGCCAACAUGAGUGUCAACAUAGGCCUUUGGUUUAUGAAACAUGCAGCGAUGAUUGCUGCAAAAGAUGACAUAACAAUGAAUGAAGCUAAAGAAGUGCACAGUAUGUUGAGACGAGCUGCUGGAAUAUUUACCUUUGUGCAGACUGAAUUUUUGCCACAAUUGGCUAACCCACCUCCUUUAGGAAGUGAUUUAGAUCCCCGUGUGUUGAACGCAUAUGUUAAUCAAUGUACCGCGGAAGCGCAAGAAGUAACAGUAGCAAGGGCAGUGGAGCUGAAACACAAUUCCAGCUUGAUAUCAGCAUUAGCCAAUGAGACUAGUAAAUUGUUUCUGGAUGCUGCUAAUACUCUUCGACCGUUCAAGGCCGAAAUGUCAGCUCAAUGGAUAAAAUAUUUAGAACUUAAAGCAACAUUUUAUCAAUCUUAUGCUUACAACUACUGCGGUGAAAACUUAUUAGCUAUGGAUAAGUGCGGCGAAGCGAUACGAGCGAUGCAGGAAAGCGACACGUGUUUGAAGAAGGCGAAAGCUUUGUGUCAAGAGUACGGGAAAACGAAUGGCCCCGCACCUCGCGUUAAACCAGAUCAGCACGCCGUGUUUAAGCGUUUAGCGCCGUUGGUGAAACUCACUCUCGACAAGUGCAAUCGAGAGAAUGGUUUAAUAUAUCAUCACACGGUACCAGGAGAAGUUCCAACUUUGGAUACCAAAGCCACCUAUGGUUUGGUCAGUCCAAUUGACUUCCAAAUGCCGUCACCUAAUCCUAUUUGGAACUUGGAUACGUAUAGAAUGUUGGCCGGAAUAACAGCGGCGAAAACGGAGAAGGAGCAGAAUUUACCACCUGUUAAAGAGGAGGCGAUUCAUCAGAGUAGUAAGGAACCGAAAAACGCGAGCGGUUGCGUGUUACAGUAAAACUUUCUGCAAUGAUAUAGGCCGUUUGUAAAUGUUUUUUUUCUUCACAGUGAGAUUAAUUUUAAUUGCGAUAGACAUGUGUAGACAUGGAUAUCUGCACUAACUGACAUAUAUGCGUGUUACACAUAAGUACAAAUUAUGUUACAAAGAGUCAGGGUAUUGACUGUUAGGUGAAAAUUCUUAUUAUGCACGUGUGUUUGAUCCAGUAUUAAAUAUUGCAUGAAACAGAUAAAUAGACGAGAUCGUUGCAAAAAAUAAUAAUGAAUCAAGAUACAUACACUCCACUGCACAUGUCUAGAACUUUCUGAUACAAUAAUUUCUGAUAUAUUGAUAUAUAACUCGCUUUUGUCAUUGUGAUGCGUAGUCGAGUGAAUUAUUAUUAUCAUUAUCAUAUGUAAAAGGAAUUUUUUGCUAUGAUCAAGAGGUUGUUAAUGUCAUUGGACAUUAUUUUAACCGCUAUUUGACCUAGUCAAGCGUGUUUCUCAAAUAUAAAACUGAAUUUCUAAUAAAUAUAACAAUGAGAGAGAAUUAUCAAUCGUGCAAUUAUAGUGUGUGCAUAUAUUGUAACAGAGAAAUGUGAUCUUUUUCUACAUAUAUUUUUUAUAAGCUUAUAGGCUUAAAAAUACAAUGAAUGUUUAAUUCGGUUUAUAUAGAUAUAUUUGCUAUCUAUAUUUAAGUGUAAAAACAUAUUUCAGAAAUAUGUUGAACUAUUGCAAAGCAAUGUCGUUACUGAAAUAUGGCAAUUAUCUUUGUUAAUAAUUAUUUUUAAUAUCUGUUAAUGUCAUGAUAAGACCAACAUUUAUGACCUAGAUAUUGUCUAUUAAGAUUUGAAAGAUUCAUAGGUUACUGUACUUGAUAUUAAGAGAAAUCUAAAUUUUCAAAAUUCACGUAAUUGUCAUGUGUGUGUGAGAAGAAAUUUUAUUAUUAUAUAAUUUAUAUGCAUUUAAUUUAUGCAAUAUGUAAUUAAGAGAACCUAUAUGUACCAAUAUUAUAUAAUACAAAUAAUAAAAAUAAAUUGUAAUGUAACAA